AUGCUGUCUCCGCUGAAGCCGUCGGUGCCGUCAGCCUCGUUACUGCGCUUCUUGCGCUUGCAGUCUGAAUUUGUGAUCAGUUCUUCGGCAAGGACUCAACCCAAACCACGGGCUCCGUGCUGUCAGGCCUUCGCGCCGGUAUUCCCUCGCCGAACUUCGAGUUGGGCCCGACCAGGGAUUCGCAACAAUUCUACAACUGGCGAGGCCACAGAAUCUCUCAUCACAAGAUCGAGGAUCCUAUCUGCGGCAAACCGCUCACCCAAACUUUUGACAUUGACUCGUCAUGCAUCAACAACUCGUCGCCCACUGCUCAAGAGGCUAUUCGACCUGAAGCGUAGCAAAGAGGUCGAUUAUAAAAGCAACCGCAAUCAGGGACCCUCUCUAAUUGAUGAUAGCACAGACGGCAUCUUCAAUAUUGGUCGGGGAUUAGCUGCUAAAGCCUCAAAUGAGUUGCGGAUUAGAUGCACGGAGUUCGAUACUAAUGGAAAUGUCACGCUGGUGAAUGGGGAGUUCCGGAAGUUGGAACUCAUCGCUAAGUAUGGCCUCCUCCCUCGCGAUCUACGGAAAAUCGACUCAUCAACACUACCACAUAUCCUGGUCCGACCGAGCGCGAUUCUAAUCAACCUCCUGCACCUCCGUGUUCUUAUAAAAGCCGAUCGGGUGCUUGUCUUCGAUGCCUAUGGAUCGACAGACUCUUACAUGCAGUCACUUUUUAUUUACGACCUCGAGGCAAAACUACGUCAAAAACAACCCACUGCGGCACAAGCUGGCCAAGCUUUGCCCUAUGAAUUUCGUGCUCUUGAAGCUGUCCUGAUUAGUGUGACAACUGGCCUUGAGGAAGAAUUUAAUGGUGUCAGGGAACCAGUUGUACGAGUCCUUCGUGCACUCGAAGAGGACAUUGAUCGUGACAAGCUUAGACAUCUUCUGAUCUACUCAAAGAAGCUUGGAACUUUCGAGCAAAAGGCUCGGCUCGUGCGAGAUGCUAUCGAUGACCUGCUUGAGGCGGACGACGAUCUAGCUGCCAUGUACUUGUCUGAAAGAGCGACUGGAAAGGAAAGGGAUGAAGAUGACCACCAGGAGGUGGAGAUGUUGCUAGAAUCAUACCACAAGGUGUGCGACGAAAUUGUCCAGGCAAGUGGCAAUCUGGUGACUAAUAUUCGCAACACCGAAGAAGUGUAA